AUGAGUUGGCUAAGGAAGACGAAGAACAAGAAGCCAACAAAAUCCGAGAUAGUAGCGAACGAGAGAGGGGCGAAGUUGUUAGAAGAGCUGAUAGAAUGUUGCAAUGGCAAAUCAAAUCCCAUUAAAUUCUUUUCUGCUGAGGAGAUCCUCAAAGCAACCAACAGUUUCCGCGACUCUAAUCGCAUUAUCGGCUUAUCUGGUGGUAAUAACUAUUGGACCGAAUGGUAUUCAGGUAAGAACGAGAACCACAGCAAAAUACGCGUCAAGAAAAUCUAUAGAUACGGAGAUGAAAAGAUUAUUUGUCGGGACAUAGCAGUAUCAUCAAUGGUGAGUGGUCACAAGAACUUUAUGAAAUUAGUUGGAUGUUGUCUUGAGUUUAAAGAUCCAGUCAUUGUUUAUGAUGAUGUAAAGAAACAUAGCAAAUUAGAUUUAAGUUCACAGUCUUGGAAAAGGAGAAUGAAGACAGCAGAGGAUAUCGCCAUUGCUGUAGCUUACCUUCACACUGCCUUCCCUAUGCCCUUUGUGCAUAGGUGUAUGAGUCUUUUGAAUAUCUUUGUGGAUGAAGAUGGUACCGCGAAGUUAACUGAUUUCUCUUACUGUGUCUCAAUUCCACAAGGAGAAACAUCUGUACAGGUUGAUGAUACUCCGAUGUUGGGAUUCUAUGGUUACGUGGAGUAUGAUCACCGGAAAAGUGGCGUUGUCUCGGAGAAAACAGAUGUUUUUGCCUUCGGUUUUUUUAUGCAAAGCCUUUUAAUUGGAAGAGAAAGAUCUUGGGAGAUAUGGGAAAAAGUCAAUGAAAAUGGUUACAAUGAAAGGAAUGUUGAUGAUGAGUCGCAUCAAUUUUGGCUGUCGAAAUUUGGGGUGGAAGAGAAAAGAAUGGAUCAUGAGUUCGCAGAUCAAGAAAUGAUAGAAAAGAUGGGUGAAAUUUCAGAAGAAGAGCUUUUCCAAAUGAAAGCUUUCCUAAUGCUCUCACUAAGAUGCGUCGGUCAUAAAGGAGAAAUUCCAACGAUGGUGGAAGUCGCCAAAGAACUAAAAAAGAUCCAACGAUCUCUUAAUACUGCCUGA